AUGCGGAUAUUUGUAGCAGAAGAUAAUCUUUGCGCCCAAAAUUUGCUAAAAUUGGUUUCUCAUGGAAAUGCUAUAUUAGCUGAAAUUUUAAGACUAAAAGAUCAUAUUCCAAAAGUAUUUUUAUUAGAAAGUAAAGAAAUACAGCAGCAAUAUCAUGAUGUCAUAAUGGAUUUCAGUUAUUUUAAAAUGUCAGAUUCACAAGAUAAGAAAAUUAACAUGAAUAACAAGCUGCAAGAUUUGGAUGAUGACAUAAAAGAAAAGUAUUUAGAAUUAAUAACCCGUUUUUACUUGCUAUUUGAAAAUAUCUACCAAUAUAUAGUAGACCUAAAUACAUUUGUAGAACAAUUACAUGAUGGAGCAUUUAUUCAACAGACUUUUGAAACAGUUAUGAAAGAUAUAGAAGGAAAACAACUUUUGUGUGAAUCUCUUUAUUUAUAUGGUUCUAUGCUUCUUUUAUGUGACCUGUAUAUACCUGGAUGUGUAAGAGAAAGACUGUUAGUUGCGUUUUAUAGAUACAGCACAAGUCAGUCCCAAUCAAAUGUUGAUGAUGUAUGUAAGCUAUUGAGGGACACAGGUUAUGAUCAACAGCAAUGUAGACGGCCACCUGAUUAUCCUGUAGAAUACUUUAGCCGAGUCCCAAUUUACUAUGACUUUGUAGAAAAAGUUGUUGGUAAGUUAAGAUCGGAAGACAUCUAUAAUCAGCUGGCUGUUUACACUAUUCCAGAACAUCAGGCCUCGGCCCUAGCUACGCAGUCCAGCAUGCUCGCCGUGUGCUUGUUUUUUGCACCUCAAUAUUUACAUACUGACAAUACCAAAAUGAGAGAAAUUGUAGAUAAAUUCUUCCCUUGCAAUUGGAUAGUGCCGAUUUAUAUGGGUGUCACAAUGAAUAUUAUUGAUUACUGGGAAAAUUUUAAAGCUGCCAAGAGUUCCUUAAAUAACACCUGUAAUUCUAAAAUGGUAAAAGAAAUUUAUGGAAAAAGAGGGAACUCUGUACAAUUGCUUAUAAAUAAAACUCAUCAGUUGUUGAAAGAGGGUAUAUUGACUAAUGAAUUUGUUUUAGACAAUAUUAAUAAAAUAAUAAACGUAAUGCUAAAUUCUAAUCACGUGUUACGCUGGUUACUUCUUCAUAACAGUGAUGUUAUAUUUUUCGACAACAACAAAAAAAGUAAACAAUUAAGAGAUUUGGUUGUCAAAGAAUCAAAUUACAAUCCUUUGAAACUGCUAGAGUUGCUGAUAAGUACAGCUGAAUUGGAAUUGAGAGUAAGAGAAGUUCUCAAGAAAUUGCUCGACAUGAGAAGUGAAAAUUGGAGCAAAAACAAGCAGCUCGCUUUAGAUGCUGUUACUAAUUUAUCACAACUAUUCUCUGGAGGAAACCCAUACACUAAAGUGACUGAAAAUGAACAAUUAAAGACUUGGUUUGACAAUAUUGCAAAGCAAAUAUCUUCUCUUAAUGAACCAAUUACGACAAAAACCGUUAAAAAAGUAACCCAACUUCUGCAAGUUCUAGACGACGUUGAAGAAUUUCAUAGUAUCAAAACAACUUCAACUGUAGUACAAUUUCUUACUGAGACCAAAGGUGCAUUGAAAAAUGUUCUAAGAGCAGCCUCAUUAAAAGAAGAUUCUCUAGUUACAUUAGAAACUGUUGCAGAUUUCAGUUAUGCUUGGUGUACAAUUGAUUUAUAUACAGUACAUAUGCAGGAUAGUAUAAAAGAGAGCCCUGCCGUCACCAGUCGUCUCCGAGCAUUGUUCCUUAAAUUGGCAAGUGCUAUGGAAAUACCGUUGUUGCGAAUAAAUCAGGCCCAAAGUGAAGAUUUAGUAUCGGUAUCGCAAUAUUACAGCAACGAACUAAUCCAAUAUAUUCAAAAAGUGUUGCAAAUCAUUCCAGAAAUGGUUUUUAAUAUAGUGGAGAAGAUAAUAGAAUUGCAAACUUGGACGAUUAAAGAGGUGCCGACGAGGAUAGACAAGGAAAAGUUGAGAGAUUACGCUCAAUUAGAUCACAGGAUGGAAGUUGCAAAGCUCACGCAUUCAGCAUCGACGUUCACUACGGGUAUAUUGGAUAUGAGAUCAACUUUAGUUGGUGUUAUAAGAGUAGAUCCCGCUGAGCUAUUAGAAGAAGGAUUACUAAAAGAAUUAGAUGGGCAUAUAUGUAAGAAAUUCUUUGAAUUUAUUGAGCCACAAGUGAAGAAACCUAACAGUUUAUUGACACGGCUAGAAAAACUAGCAGACAGUAUGGACGGAUACAAAAGAUCUUUGGAAUAUAUUCAAGAUUAUAUCAACAUUCAUGGGCUGAGAAUUUGGCAAAAGCAGGUAUCUGCCAUAAUAAACCAAAGCAUAGCAAAAGAAAUAAGUAUUCGUAAGGGAGUCAGCCUGUACGGGCCCUCGGCGGGGUUUAUGGGCAGCCUUGCGCGCCAGAUUGCACAGUUAACAGACGCUAGAUUCUGUGUUUAUAUCAACAUAUGUGCGGCGUGGAUUGAUGUUAAAAACCACAAUGAAGUUGUAAACACUAAAACCUUUAGCAAAUUGAACAACUCUAUCGGUGUAGUGGGAUUACACGGUCUGGAUACUUUAUAUGGUUACAUGAUAAAAAAUCAAUUGCAGCACGUUCAAAGUAUAUUUAGAGGUUCACCAGAAAAAAUUGCUGUCUCCAACAUUGAAUUUAGAGAUAUCGAACAACACAUAUUAAAGGGACAAAAAUUAUAUCAACAGUUGGGCGAUAUCAUCAUUGUUGUGGGUACUCUGCAGCUACUUAGAAAGCAUAUUGCAUACCAAUUAAACACUAGCUGUAAGUUCGAUUCUGCGCAUUUGGAGGCUUCAUUGCGAACCAUGAAUGAAUCAUUAUUAAAUGAAAUAAAGAAGGACAGGAAGUCUGAAAUGUAUAAGAUUCCAGUGGCACUGAUGAGAAGUCUCGAGGAGUACUUGGUGCGGUGCGGAGUGAGUGAGCCGUUUGAAAAGAUAUAUGUUAAGAAUGCACAAGAACUUGUUAGCGCGGAUAUGGGGCGUUUGAUGGCGAUAGUCCUGAUCUCACAGUUGACUAAACUACAGAUUUGUUUAAGCACUGGCGAUUUAAUUACCAAGAAACCAGGAGAAAACACUGAUGGCUACCCCAUGCUAGUAGGAAUUUAUACAUUGUUACAGCAAUCAAAGACAGAGAGUAUGGAAAUUUUCGUUAAUUUCUUAUGUAAAUAUGCAAAGUUUGUGACUUUGACAAAACUAAAAGCAGCAGAAUCAAUCAAUGAGUGUCUACUCAUUAUACGGAUUUUGCAACUGUUCUGUGAAACAUUCAAUUACUCAUUUAAUAAAUUAGAAGACAAAUUGCCAUUAGUACUUUUGACUCAAGCUCCACAAAAG